ACAACCCUUCUCUUUUAGCAUCUCCAGUGUCAGGAUUAUGGGUUGAGCCACCAUACCCAUAUGUUUUGUUCAUUGUUUUUGUUUUUUGAGACAGGGUAUCUCUAUGUAGACAAGGCUGUCCUCAGAGAUCCUCCUGCCUCUGCCUCUAGAAUAGGGACUAAAGGCUUCUAGACCAACACCGAGCCCAUCCCUGUGGCUAAAGGAGGAGGUCUGUUGAGACCGGAGUCAUUUUAUAGAAUUCCAACCUGUCAGAGACCAAGGGAAUAUUCCCAGCAGACAUGGCUACCAACCUGCCACCAGACAGCCUCCCCUCAGAGCAGACACCAUCACCUACAUCCCAGGACAGGAAUUCAGAAAAAGAAGACUACAGCCCUGAGGUCUGGCACUUGAAGUUCAGAGCUUUCAGCCCCUCAGAGCAGUCGGACCCCAUCCAGGAUCUGAAGAGGAUCUCUGAGCUGUGCUAUCAGUGGCUGAGACCAGACCUGAAUAGCAAGGAGGAGAUCCUGGAUCAGCUGGUGUUGGAGCAGUUCAUGAUCUCCAUGCCUCCCGAACUGCAGGCCUUAGUGAAGGAGAGCGGAGUGAAGAGCUGCCAAGAGUUAGAGAAGAUGCUGAGGGAUGGUGGGAAACCUCAACAUUGGUCCAUAGUCCACUCCCAAGGACAACUAUAUCUCCUUCGGGAUCCAAGUGUUAAGAAGGUUGAAGCCGCAGAGGAUGAAUGGGAUGAUGUGGAAUUGUUCCAGGAACACCCCACAAAUGAGAGUGAGGAGCCUCUCAACAGAAGCCAGGCCAUCCAGUCUGUGGUGGCGCACACCUUUAAUUCCAGCACCUAGGAGGCAGAGGCUGGUGGAUCUCUGUCAGUUUGAGGCCAGCCUGGUCUACAGAGCGAGUUCAAGGACAGCGAGGACUCUUCACAGAGAAACCCUUUCUUAAAAAACAAAACAACAACAAAAAUAACAGAGGCCAGGCCAGAACCCGGCAGAGACUGAAGAGCCAAGCAGUAGCCAGGUGAGCCGGUGACAACUAUUUCUGGUGUGAACUGGGAGAAGCAACUAGAAGAUGGGAGUUUUGAGGGAUCUGGUAAGGGUUUGGGUUGAACAUACCAGCAACCGAUGGACAUCGUCUGAAGAAUGAAGACCCACCUACCUGUCUGCCUUAAAGCUUUUAGCAUUGAGUAUGGAGAACACCUCUAUGAUGACAUUUAGAACAGGUAUUAAUCUAUGAGUACAGAAGGAUGUCAUUAGACAUCACUACAUUGACAUGUGUUUUCUCAGUCCUUUUGGCUUCACUGCAUAUGUGUGACAUUAGUGUAGUUUGGUCUUCUUGCUGGACAGCUAGCAGAAGGAGCAGGGGCUGUCUCUCACUCUUUACAGGUGUUUGGGACCCUGUUCCUCAUACCUCAUCCCAUUGUCCAAAGGUAAUACAUGGGGAGGUGCCCAGUCUUACUACAACUUGAUAUGCCAUGCUUUGUCGUUAUCUAUACGAUGUCAGAUUGGAAAUGGGGAGUUGUGACAGCUACCUCUAGUGUCUUACCUGGGGUCUCACCUUGCUGUGGAUAUCACUCUGUUUAAAUAAAAUGCUGAUUGGCCAGUAGCCAGGCAGGAAGUAUAGGCCGGAGAAGCCAAGAAGAGAAUUCUGGUAACAGGAAGGCUGAGGCAGAGAGACAUUGCCAGCUGCCGCCAUGAGAAGAUGUUAAGAUACCGGUAAGCCACGAGCCAUGUGGCAACUUACAGAUAAAUGGAAAUGGGUUGACAUAA